AUGAUAUCCAUUUUAGAAGGUGAGGAAAGGGUUUACUUAAGUUCAGAUAGUAUUGAUCCACAAGAUACAAGGAAUAAAGACAAUCCUGCAUAUAGCCCUGAUUUCCUAAACUCAGUUAGGAUUUCAGGAGUGCCAAACCAUGCUCUUCGUUUGAAAAUUGGUUGUCCAGUCAUGUUGUUACGCAAUAUUGAUGCUCAUGGAGGUCUAAUGAAUGGAACAAGACUACAGAUUACACAAAUGGCAGAUCAUGUUAUACAAGCAAGAAUCAUCACAGGUACGAGAGUCGGUAAAAUUGUUCUUUUACCAAGGAUGGUAUUAAUACCAUCAGAUUCCCGUUUGCCUUUCAAAAUGAGACGUAGACAAUUCCCGAUUAACGUUGCUUUUGCAAUGACUAUCAACAAAAGUCAAGGUCAGUCUCUCUCAAAUGUUGGUUUAUACUUGCCCAGACCUGUUUUCUCUCAUGGCCAGCUAUAUGUAGCCAUGUCCCGUGUAAGCAGUAAAUCAGGAUUGAAAAUCCUCAUUACUGACCCAAAAGGAAAACCCGAAAAGAAAACAAGGAAUGUCGUCUUCAAAGAGGUUUUCCAAAAUAUUUGA